CUCUGGGCACGCCUCAGGAGACCAGCCUCGGAGAGUGCGAUUCCUUGGAUGGCGUCCAUCGCCGCCGCCGUCUUCUUCUUCCUGUUCGUCUUCACGCCGCGCCCGUGGCUGGCGUCCGAUCGCCCGAGCCGCAUCCAAUAUUUCGGCUGCGGCAACUCAACGGCAGAUGCUUCGGCGGCGGGAUGCAGAUUCGACUGGAGCUGGUAUUCGGAUGAGGAGGGCACGCAACAGCUGUCAUUGAACGAUGUCGCGAUGGGCCAGCAUGACUAUGUCUAUGUGACGUGGAAGUACUACAACACGCACUGCACUUACAUGUGGAAGAAGAUGCAUCGUUCUCUUUUGACCUCCAGAGAGAUUGACUCGUACAUUUCCGAUUAUCGACACACCGAACAAUGCGAGAGGGUAUUACUGGACCGGGAGCGCGCCAUGGAAAGCACAAGUGUCAUGCUUGUGGCUAAGUAUCCUUCCUGUCCUGUCGUCUCAAAGUGAGGCUCGAGCAUGAAGUAUUCAUACGGCUGCUUUGGUGGGAUGUGCGUUUUGGCGUUGGGGUCUCGGGGCAUGGACAUACACUUGAGGUCUUUUGGCGGAGUUAUACAGGGAACUCUCUUUCUUGAUACCAACAUACCUACGUGUGACCCUUAGGGUCUUUUCUUCUGUGAAUCAAACCAGAUUCUC